AUGUCCCUAUCAAACAAGCUCUCUAUCACGGAUGUUGACCUAAAGGGCAAGAGGGUGCUCAUCCGGGUCGACUUCAACGUCCCGCUUGACGCUGAUAAGAAGGUCACAAACAACCAACGUAUCGCCGGUGCCGUUCCCACUAUCAAGUAUGCGAUCGACCAUGGCGCAAAGGCUGUUGUCCUUAUGUCCCACCUUGGUCGUCCUGAUGGCAAGGUCAACCCCAAGUAUAGCUUGAAGCCCGUCGUGCCGGAGCUUGAGAAGCUGCUAGGAAAGAGCGUUGAGUUCGCCCCGGACAGCGUCGGCCCUGAGGUUGAGGCCAUCGUGAACAAGGCAGACAAUGGCCAAGUCGUUCUGCUAGAAAACUUGCGGUUCCACGCCGAGGAAGAAGGUUCUUCCAAGGAUGCGGAGGGCAAGAAGGUGAAGGCGGACAAGGCCAAGGUUGAGGAGUUCCGCAAGGGCUUGACUGCUCUUGGCGAUGUUUACAUCAACGACGCUUUCGGAACCGCCCACCGAGCUCACUCUUCUAUGGUCGGCGUUGACCUCCCUCAAAAGGCCGCUGGUUUCCUCAUGAAGAAGGAGUUGGACUACUUCGCACAAGCUCUUGAAUCGCCCAAGCGCCCCUUCCUCGCCAUUCUAGGUGGUGCCAAGGUCUCUGACAAGAUCCAGCUCAUCGACAACCUACUAGACAAGGUCAACAGCAUCAUCAUCUGCGGUGGCAUGGCCUUCACAUUCAAGAAGACCCUCGAGGGUGUUAGCAUUGGUACCUCCCUCUUCGACGAGGCUGGCUCCAAGAACGUCGGCCAGCUCAUCGAGAAGGCUAAGAAGAACAACGUCAAGGUCGUCCUACCCGUUGACUACGUAACUGCGGAUAAGUUUGAUAAGGACGCCAACACCAGCACGGCCACUGACAAGGAAGGCAUUCCUGAGGGCUGGAUGGGUCUCGACUGCGGUCCUGAGUCUAUCAAGCUGUACAAGGAGGCUAUCGACUCGGCUCAGACCAUUCUAUGGAACGGUCCCCCUGGAGUUUUCGAGUUCGAGAAGUUCGCCAACGGCACCAAGGCUACUCUAGACGCCUUCACAGCUGCCGUAGCCGCGGGCAAGAUCGGCAUCAUCGGCGGUGGUGAUACCGCCACCGUUGCUGCCAAGUACGGCGCCGAGAGCAAGUGCUCCCACGUGUCGACUGGAGGUGGUGCUUCUCUCGAGCUCCUAGAGGGCAAGGCCCUACCCGGCGUGGUUGCUCUUAGCACCAAAUGA